AUGGAAAAGAUAACAACAGUUAACUUAAUGUAUUUAAUCUUAUGUUUAUUAGCAUUAACAACAGUUUCUUUUGGUGAUAACAAAUUAGUGAGAAUUCCAUUAACGAAAUUUGAAAGUGCCAGACGAAUAUUUCAAGAUUCUGGAACUACUGUGAAACAAAUAACAUUUAAGUAUGGAAUUGAUGGGCCUUUUCCUGAACCAUUAUCAAAUUAUCUGGAUGCACAAUACUAUGGUCCUGUUACUCUUGGGUCACCUCCUCAAUCUUUUAGGGUUGUCUUUGACACUGGUUCAUCAAACUUGUGGGUACCCUCAAAAAAGUGCUCAUUAGUUAAUGUAGCUUGUUGGGUGCACCGUAAAUAUGAUGGUACCAAGUCAAGUACAUAUAAAAAAGAUGGAAGAAAAUUUGCCAUACAGUAUGGAUCUGGUAGUUUAUCAGGAUUUUUGUCUCAGGAUGACUUGUCAAUUGGUGGUGUUACAAUCAAAGAUCAAAUAUUUGCUGAAGCUGUCAAUGAGCCUGGAAUGGUUUUUGUAGCAGCAAAAUUUGAUGGUAUUCUUGGAUUAGCUUAUGAUACUAUUUCAGUUGAUGGUGUUCGACCUCCGUUUUAUUUAAUGGUAGAUCAACAAAAAGUACCACAACCGGUUUUUUCAUUUUAUCUCAACAGAGAUCCAUCAGCUCCACAGGGAGGUGAAAUUAUCUUUGGUGGUUCUGAUCCAGACAAGUAUGUUGGGAAUUUUACUUAUGUGCCUGUUACUAAAAAGGGCUAUUGGCAGUUUGAAAUGAAUGGAAUUGAGAUUCCUGGACUAAAUGGAGGAAAAUUCUGUGCUGAUGGUUGCCAUGCUAUAGCUGAUACUGGUACCAGUCUGAUUGCUGGUCCAUCAGAAGAAAUUCAAUCUUUAAAUAAAUUGAUUGGUGCUACACCUGUUGCUGGAGGAGAAUAUAUGGUAAUUAUUUAGCUAUCAUUGCCUUAGAAGUUAUUAAUUUCAAUAUACAUUUUUAAUUAAAACUGAAAUAAUAAUACUGAUUAAUUGAAACGUCUAAUCUGUUUGUCAUCAAAGCAUAAGGCUCUUUUUGAUAUCUUCUGAUAUCAAGAACCAGUAAAUGUUUUUUA